UUCCGCCUUGACGUUCAAUUUGUGGCUCUUUUGAUAUACAACUUUUUAAUUGACAAAAAGCAGCGUGCUAGUCACUUAAUUGUCAGCCCAACAAAACAAGUUUAGCAAAAUGGCAGAGGAAUCUACAAACGCGAAUCUGGAUUUAAUACCUGACGGCACAAUUUACAUAGCCAAAGUGUUAAGUGGCAUCGGGGAGUCCCCGCAGUUCAGCUUGAUCACUGUCCACGAACCGAUUAAUGUGGGCUCCUUUGGCAAUGUCUAUAAUGCUCUUCUCAAUAAAUCGAACCGUAUAGUGGCCUUAAAGCAGGUGCUACACGAUCCGCUAAAUCGCGAGGUGGACGUUUUGAAUUGUUUGAAGGAUCACUGCAACAUUGUGCAGCUGUACAAAAACAUACAUGUCAAUUUGGGUGAACCGAUACAAAAGUAUUCACUGCUGGCGCUGGAUCGCAUGCCCAUGUCAUUGCAGGGCUACAUCUUGGAGCAGAAGGAUCGCUGCAUGCCACUGACCUAUGUGCGCAUCAUUGCCUAUCAAAUGUUUCGAGCCCUGGCCUUUGUGCACUCGCAUGGCAUUUGUCAUCGCGACGUAAAGCUGAACCAUCUGCUGAUCGAUCCGCUGACCAUGAAUCUGCGACUCGGCGGCUUUAGUAACGCCUUCUUCAUCGGGCAGUCGCAACUCGCGGAUCUUCGUGUUACGGCAUCUUCGCGACUCUAUCGCGCUCCCGAACUCUUCGGGAGCUGUGCCUACUACUCCACUGCAGUGGACGUUUGGAGUGCUGGCUGUGUGCUGGCCGAGAUCAUCAAUAGCUUUCCGCUCUUUGAGCACUUUGACAGCGAUCGGGAGCAGCUGCUGAAUUGUGUUCUCACGCUGGGCACCUAUGGCUUGGAGCAGGCGCCACGCAUGAAGGAGGCAAGCGGUGUCAGUAAGGUGAUCGUCGAAACACGUCCCGAAUGGGUGCUACUCUUGAAGACCGAAGUGCCAAACGAUUUGCAGGAGCUGCUCAACUUUUGCCUGCUAUACGAUUCCGAUGCACGCAUCUCAGCACUGGGAGCUUGUGCUCAUUGCAGUUUUGAUGAGCUGCGUCUCAUGGAGAUGAUGAAGAAACCUAUGCCAAAUGGUGUCCCUUUGCCACCACUCUUCAACUUCAGUUCGCAUGAGAUGAGCAUCGAUACGAGCUUGUCGUUGCUGCUGCUGCCGUUGAAAAUCGCCGAAAAGGAGGAGAAGGAGAAAAUUAUAAAAACAGAAGAGGAUUAGCUUUAAGUGGCAUGCAUAUUUCUUCAGGUAUUAGCAUUAGUUGCCUUUUUGAUCGGGGUGAGUAUUACUCGCUUGCGAUAAAGACACCCAGCUCGCUCUUAAGUAUUUGGAAUUCUUUUGUAACUGCUCUAAAUGAACUAAAAGCUUAACUCUUACUCUUAUGUUAUUUUGUUCAUGGAA